UGUGACGUAGGCCCGGCUAGAGCUCGAGGUGUUUAUUGUUCCUUCCCGUCGAGGAGAGAAAAGGGCUGGCUUAGCGGAGACAUAUAUCACAAACAGUAACCCUGCGAUUUUAGCUUUAAGGAGCUAUUUUAAACGGGCCAAAACAGGUUAAUACAGGACCGGUUGGCCAUGGCGUACGCGUACCUCUUCAAAUACAUCAUAAUCGGAGACACGGGUGUGGGGAAAUCGUGCCUAUUAUUACAGUUUACAGAUAAGCGCUUUCAGCCGGUGCAUGAUCUCACUAUCGGUGUUGAAUUUGGAGCACGAAUGAUCACUAUAGAUGGCAAACAGAUAAAACUACAGAUCUGGGAUACGGCCGGACAGGAGUCCUUUCGCUCAAUCACCAGGUCUUACUACAGAGGUGCAGCUGGGGCUCUCCUAGUUUAUGACAUCACAAGAAGGGACACCUUUAAUCACUUGACAACCUGGUUAGAAGAUGCUCGUCAACAUUCCAACUCCAACAUGGUCAUCAUGCUCAUUGGAAAUAAAAGUGAUUUAGAGUCACGGAGAGAAGUGAAGAAAGAGGAAGGAGAGGCCUUUGCCAGAGAACACGGUCUGAUUUUUAUGGAGACCUCUGCAAAGACCGCAUCGAACGUAGAAGAGGCAUUUAUCAACACGGCCAAGGAGAUUUAUGAAAAGAUCCAAGAAGGAGUCUUUGAUAUUAACAACGAGGCUAACGGUAUUAAGAUCGGACCCCAGCAUGCUGCCACCAACUCCACGAUGGGUGGCAGUCAGGGAGGACAGCAAGCUGGAGGUGGCUGUUGCUGAGCACUACCCUUUACCCUCCAGUCGUCUCCAGCCCCCCUGCUCCUUACGUUUCUACUGGACUGGUCGGGCUCACUAACAUUUUCUUAACCUCCCACAGCCCAGGCCCCGGAUUUAAAUCGUAUAUUAGAUGGCUGUCCAAAAAAUAUUUAUAAAGUCCAGGUUGUCUACAAACCUCCUGACAAACUCCUGAAGCCCGUUUGGGCUACAGCAGACGUUAUAUGGUUACUAGUAAGGAAAAGGCACGAGCUUUGGAAUUAUUAUGGUAAAUAUAUUCAUGUUUGUUUCUCGGCAGGUUGUUUUUUUUUUCAAUGUUUUGUUUUUGCCCAUUUGACUUCAAUCUGAACUGUAUUAAACACUACAAAGUCAUCUAUAGUAUUUUAAACGGUUUAUGUGGGUGAAUUUUUUUGAAACUGUGGUGAACCCUGAAGUCAAAAUAAAUGAAACGUAGUGCUGUACUUAAAGCAACAGCUAUUAUCGAAGUGAAGAAGUUAAAAGAAGAAAAAAGCAGGACUGUUUUAAAUCUGUAUUUAUCAUUCACAUUCUGUAUAUAAAGCUUUUCUUGCUUUGGUGUAUGUUGACCGAGCUAGAAUUCUGUACUGAGUUUGCUUAAAUUCUAUACUGUAUGAAUAGAGCUUGAAACUACAACAGUAUUGCGACAUUUCCAAAUCUGCUUUGACACCAUUUUAAGGUAACAUUUUUACUUCAUUUAUUUUAGUUUGGUCCUGCCAUCUGCCUUGACCCAUCGUAUCUCUGCCCCUGAACCUGCUCUCUGUAUAGUAUAACUCUGGCUCUGUAUACCUAUUUUAAUGCCAAAUUUGUGUUUACCCGUGUUCUAAAAUCACAACUCCAGACAUGGAUCACAUCUUCAGAACUAGAUCUGCUGUUUGCCUUAAAAGAUUUUGGGACAUCAAAAGAUUAACAUAAUCAUGCCACACAAGGUCAUCGCCGUAAUUACGUGCAAUUAUGUAUUGCAUAUGGUAACGCUAGGCUUACUUAUUCCUUCAUGCACACAUACAUGCCUAUACCUAUAUAUCCAUAAAAGUUGUCACAUAUGCAUGCGUUUGUAUGCAUAUAGGUAUAUAUUUUUCCCUCUUUUAGAAGUUAUUUUUCCUCCAAAGCAGUCUCCUGUGUAACGUCAGUGCAGAUCCACAUUAAUUUAGGUGUCUGAGUGAUUGUGUAAAGACUUGCUUUCUCUUGGCACUAUGUUGUUAAUAGAUAUGUGGUGGACAUCUUGUCUGUUGUUUAGGGGGUGUGAUAAAGCCAAACCUGGAGUAACUUUGUGACCCUCAACUUUAUUUGCUGUGUUUCAAAAUUAAAUGCUAUCACGAAAUAAUAUAAUAAAACCUUAUAAACUCA